AUGGGUGGCCAUCAGGAUGGCAUCCCGAUUCGCCCGAACUUGACAUUGGCAAGCGGCUCGCAAUUCGUCGUGCUUCAUCGCGACUUUGCAGAGUUUGCUCUGGAUGGAUUAGGCGAGACUGGCGAAGAGGUUUUGCAGCUCGUGGCGGAUGGUCCGGACCAUAUUGGCAGGAUCAAGCAAAGCAGCCGGAGCUUGGCACGGGAGGUGCUCAAUGAGGUCCUCUUCUUCUCAUCACCAGAUGAGACAUUCUUCCACACUCUGGCGGUGAACAGCGUGUACUGCACGAGUCACUUGAGGUACAAUUUCCACUUUCACGACACACAGGGCAACUUCUUGGACGAAUCGUCGCGCAACUAUACGGACUUUCCAACCGGAAGCCCGCCAGUGCUGACUUCCAGCUCGCUUCCACUGCUGCGGCAGGUGCGGGAACAGCACCCCAUCAUCUUUGCCAGGAAGUUCGAUGCAGCAAACGCAUCAAGCAUGAGCUUCUUAGAGGCGCACGUGGAACCGCUGUUGAAGCCCAGUAUCACGACGUGGCAGUCGGCAUCAGGCUAUGCACAUGCAUUCGGCUCGCUCCUUGGCGCAUGCGGCGAGGUGGAAGGUGUGCGUUACCUGAGCGAGGGAGGCAGCAUUGGCAUGCCGCAAAGGCUGUCGUUGCGAGCGAUCGUGUCAAGGUCCUGCGUCCAGCGACCCUCUGCGGCCUUGCGCGGGCAGGUCCCGGUUCUGGGCGAUGUGCUACUUUCGGAACGAUUCGUGCAGCCUGUGGUUGGCGAUGUGACAAAUUCGGCCACGGCGCUGUCACCCCUACACUGGAUUCGAGUGGGCACUGGCUGGGAUCCUGCCCUGCUACGCUUCACUGGUGUCGCCGGCCUCAUGCCACUUUCAGAGGCGAGUUCCAUUGGACUCUUUGCCGUGUCAUAUUGGGAACGAUGCGCCGUGCAGCGGCGCUUGCGCUUGCGCUGCCGGAGCCCCUCUGGCAGCUCCACGGACACCGAGGAGGUCCUGCGUCCCUGGCAGCCCAUUUCGGUGACACGGCUGCCGCUGCCAGCAGGUGCGAUGGUUGGUUGGUGGUCGCUGGACAUCGAGCAACUUUCUUCAGCCCCACUAGCGGAAAUACCCACUGCUUCGAGCGACGACCGCCUUCACGUCCUAGCACAGUCUCGCUUCUAUCUCUUCGGCAAAGACGCCAUCCAUGUUGAGGUCCUUGAGGAGUUGUUCAGUGCCGACCCGCUUGCGUAG